GCCGGGAGGCAGGAAAAUCACCGCUUCUGACUUCCAUCUGUCCUGCUCCCAUUGGUCCACACUCCGUCCGUCUGGCGCUCUGAUUGGGUGACACCACAUCAAUCACCCCUCUGCUGCUUCUCAUUGGUUUGAACCCGGCUGAAAAGGGCGGGGUAACAGUAUGUUCACACGAUUUCCCUCCUGUGCAGGUUUCGCGAGAAUUGGAGAUGGGAGCGAGGGCGAAUAAUCUACGUUAGUGAAAGAGAGCGAGAGAUAUUAUACUGUAGUUUGCAGAAGCCAAUUUACACCCGGAAAGUCUCACCACCAAGGCCAUGGAGUCGAGUUGGGUCGCCGUGGUCUGUGUGCUCCUACUCGGUUUGAUGCAGAGCAGCCUCGGAGCGGAACAGCGGGUCAUCCCUCCAGAGAAUCUCUUGGUAAUAACAGUAGCUACGGAGGACACUGAUGGCUUCUCCCGCUUUAUGAGAACCAGCAAAGAGUUCAACUAUACUGUUAAGGUGCUGGGUCUAGGGGAACAGUGGAAGGGGGGAGAUGUGGCUCGUACAGUCGGAGGAGGACAGAAGGUUCGCUGGCUGAAGACAGAACUCAUCAAACACUCUGACAAACAGGACAUGGUCAUUAUGUUUGUGGACAGUUAUGAUGUAAUCCUUGCCAGUGGUCCAGAAGAGUUGUUGUGGAAGUUUUCCAGACUGAGUCAUAGGAUGGUGUUCUCUGCUGAGGGCUUCUGUUGGCCUGACCAGAAAUUAGCCCCAAAAUACCCCACGGUACACACCGGGAAGAGGUACCUCAACUCUGGAGGGUUUAUAGGGUAUGCUCCAGAGCUCAGUGCGAUCGUUCAACAGUGGAAACAUAAAGACAACGAUGAUGACCAACUCUUCUACACUAAGAUCUACCUGGACAAAGUACAACGGACCAAGUACAACAUGACUCUGGACCAUCGCUCUAGAAUCUUCCAGAACCUCAACGGAGCCAUCGAGGAGGUGGUGCUGAAGUUUGAGAAGGCUCGUGUCCGUGCGAGGAACGUGGCCUAUGACACACUUCCUGUUAUAAUCCAUGGCAACGGACCCACCAAGCUCCAGUUGAACUACCUGGGGAACUAUGUCCCGACUGCCUGGACUCACGAGACCGGCUGUGGGAUCUGUGAUGACGACCUGAUCUACCUCAACGACACACCUGAUGAAGAGAUGCCCUUGGUGUAUGUGUCCGUGUUCAUCGUUCAGCCGACUCCCUUCCUGGAAGAGUUUCUAGAGAGACUGACCACCCUCAACUACCCAACCAGCCGCAUCAGACUGUUUAUCCACAACAAUGUGGUGUAUCAUGAACAGAACAUUCAGCGGUUCUGGGAGAAGCAUCGUGUUCUGUUCCCUGACGCCAGGCUGGUCGGACCGGAGGAGAACCUGCAACAGGACCAGGCUAGAACCAUGGCCGUGGAGGCGUGUAAGAAGGACAGUCAGUGUGAUUACUACUUCAGUAUCGAUGCUGAUGUUGUCAUCGUCAACCCUGAUGUUCUCCGUAUCCUUAUAGAAGAGAACAAGCCAGUGAUAGCCCCCAUGUUGUCCAGACAUGGGAAACUGUGGUCUAACUUCUGGGGAGCUCUGAGUCCUGAGGGGUUCUACUCUCGAUCUGAAGACUACAUUGACAUCGUGCAGGGCAAGAGAGUUGGUCUAUGGAACGUGCCCUAUAUAACCCAGGUCUACAUGAUAAAGGGGUCAGUCUUGAGAGGUAGACUGUCUCAGGUCAGUCUGUACAGUCAGGAAGGGAUGGACCCUGAUAUGGUGUUCUGCAGGGCCGUACGAGACCAGGGAGUGUUUAUGUUUGUGUCUAAUCGGGAUGAGUUUGGUCGUCUGGUUUCCUCCACCAACUACAACACCAGCAGACUACAUCCUGACAUGUGGCAGAUCUUUGAUAACCCUCUGGACUGGAAGGAGAAAUAUAUCCAUGAAAACUACUCUAAGAUCUUUGAAGACAACCAGACCAUCGUGGAGCAGCCGUGUCCUGACGUCUACUGGUUCCCAUCCUUCACAGACAGGAUGUGUGACGAUCUGGUGGAAACCAUGGAAGACUUUGGAGAAUGGAGCGGAGGAAGACAUACGGAUGAGCGGCUGGCAGGGGGUUAUGAGAACGUCCCAACUGUAGAUAUUCAUAUGAACCAGAUUGGCUUUGAGAAGGAGUGGCUCAAGUUUCUCAAAGAAUAUAUCAGCCCUGUUACUGAGAAACUCUACCCAGGAUACUACCCCAAGGCCCAGGCGGUGAUGAACUUUGUGGUCCGGUAUCGUCCAGAUGAACAGCCGUCUCUCCGUCCGCAUCAUGACUCCUCCACCUUCACCAUCAACGUAGCGCUCAACAACAAGGGAAUGGAUUACCAGGGUGGAGGGUGUCGGUUCCUUCGGUAUAACUGUAAUGUUGAAGCACCUCGUAAAGGAUGGUCCUUCAUGCACCCAGGCAGACUGACUCACUACCACGAGGGCCUGCCUACAACCAGCGGGACUAGAUACAUCAUGGUUUCCUUUGUUGACCCCUAAACCCUGACCUCUAACCCCUAACCCCACCACCCAGGUGACUAGAUGCAUUAUGGCAUCCUUCAUAGACCCAUAGACACAGGUGGCGUCUGCGUCUGUCUGUCACAUAGCAGAUGGGUCCUCUUGUUGCCGUAGUAACACAAACCACUGAGUUUCAUACCAACUAGUUGAGCGACUUUAAUCAUGAUCAGAUCAGGCCUGACUAAUCAACUGCAGAGAGGUCGGAGUCUGAUGAAACCUAUCUCACCAUGCUGCCUUUGAAAUGUACAUGUACAUUUUAGUCAUUUAGCAGACGCUCUUAUCCAGAGCGACUUACAGUUAGUGCAUUCAUCUGUAGAUAGCUAGGUGGGACAACCACAUAUCACAGGCAUAGAAAGUACAUUCUUUCUUCAAUAAAAUGUUUCCUCGUUUUUCCUCGACCCCUGACCUCUGUAGCUAGCUGUGUCUAUUUAAUGGCAGGCUGAUGUGGAUGUCAGGGUACAGCGUUGCUAUAGUAACCAGACGCUCCCUGUGAUUGGAGGAAAGAUGAUUGACACUCCCCUAAGAGAGGAAACUGAAAGUUCUGAUAGAAAUACCAUGAAUAGAUCAUCUGAGCUGUUCUACAUGAUAGAAAAAUGCAAAUCAAUAGAUCUAGUUCUAUAAUACCAUGACUGAGUAGCGCGGCGCUGUCUGUUCUACAUGAUCUGUGUCUAUGCGGUUGUCUUAAAGGUAAUGUUGUAUAGUUUUAUAUUUCAGAAACCAACACUCCCUUCAGAGGUUUGUCAGAAACAUGUGGUGUAUUAUCAUAGAUAAUGUUGUGUUUUAGUGUUUUAAACUACUGCUUCAGACUGGUGUUUUAUUUUAAUGGUAUAUUUGAUGGUUUGAAUUGUAUUUUCUAUUCUAGUGUUCUUGUCCCGUUAGUAAUCAAAGUGUACCUGUCCCCCCCCGACGUGCUUCUAGUACCUGUCCCCCCCGAUGUGCUUCUAGUACCUGUCCCCCCAACGUGUUUCUAUCAAGCUUUGUACAAAGUGCCCUAAAUUAUUUGUUAUGAUUGAGAAAUAAAGUUUCACAUUUUAAUAAAUAAUUAGAUCUAUA